UGAUAGACUGGGAAACCGGAGAUCAGAAACUGAAAGGCUUAGGGGAACUCUCCGGAGGUCAUGUAACCUCCGGAGUGGUCAUGCAGACCAUUCUGCAGGAGCAGAGCCAGUCCUCCGACUCUUCACUCACUCAUUCUUUCAUUCUAGAAACAUUUAUUGAAAUGCUGUGUGUCAGGAACUGUGCUGGAUCACAAGGAUAGCAACAAACACCACCGACUUGUCCGCCCUGUUGAUGGCCUGGUAGCAGACAGGGCGUUCAAAAAAAGACCAAGACUGUGCGAUGAAGCCAUGGUCCCGGGAAGCCGAGAGCUGGGGCGGGGGGCUCCCGGAGAGCAAGUCUAUUAGGCCUGGAGAAGGACGGAGGCUGGCUGACUUCUGAGGAGAAGCCCAGGUGGAAGAUGAGAGCCCUGAAUUGGAAGUUCUUGUGCAGCGAGGAGGCAUUACAUUCAGACAAUGGAGGUGGAGCAAGGCGGUGUUGGAGGAGAGCUCUGCAUUUCUGCCAACUAAUCAGCACUACAUUGUCAAGUAAAAGGAAGGUAUAUUGAGGAAGAAGAUGGUUCUUUCUGGCUUGGAUAUCAAAGAACCUGAUUCACCUGAAUCCAAUCUAAAUGGAAGUGACGAUAUGGUGAGGGAACAUGAAAUGGAGUCCAAGGGCAACCUUUACAGCCAAUAUGAGGAGAAGGUGCGGCCAUGCAUUGACCUCAUCGACUCUCUGCGGGCCCUGGGCGUGGAGCAGGACCUGGCCCUGCCCGCCAUCGCCGUUAUCGGAGACCAGAGCUCGGGCAAGAGCUCCGUGCUGGAGGCCCUGUCUGGGGUUGCCCUCCCCAGGGGCAGUGGUAUUGUUACAAGAUGUCCUCUCGUGCUGAGGCUGAAAAAACUUGAGAAGGAAGGCGAGUGGAAAGGCAAAGUCAGCUUCCUGGACAGAGAGAUUGAGAUUUCAGAUGCUUCACAGGUGGAAAAGGAAAUCAGUAAAGCCCAGAUUGCCAUCGCUGGCGAAGGCAUGGGGAUCAGUCAUGAGCUGAUUAGUCUGGAGGUCAGCUCCCCUCACGUCCCAGAUCUGACCCUGAUAGAUCUUCCUGGCAUCACCAGGGUUGCUGUGGGCAACCAGCCACCCGACAUUGAAUAUCAGAUCAAGUCUCUCAUCAGGAAGUAUAUCCUUAGGCAGGAGACCAUCAACUUGGUGGUGGUCCCUGCUAACGUGGACAUCGCCACCACAGAGGCGCUGCGCAUGGCUCAGGAUGUGGAUCCCCAAGGAGAUAGGACCAUAGGAAUCUUGACAAAGCCCGAUCUGGUGGACAAAGGCACAGAAGACAAGGUUGUGGACGUGGUGAGAAACCUGGUCUUCCACCUGAAGAAGGGCUACAUGAUCGUCAAGUGCCGCGGCCAGCAGGAGAUCCAGCAUCGGCUGAGCCUGGACAAGGCCCUACAGAGAGAGCGGAUAUUCUUCGAGGAUCACGCACAUUUCAGGGACCUUCUGGAGGAAGGGAGGGCCACUAUCCCCUGCCUGGCAGAAAGACUCACCAAUGAACUCAUCAUGCACAUUUGUAAAACUCUGCCCCUGUUGGAAAAUCAAAUAAAGGAGACUCACCAGAGAAUAACAGAGGAGUUACAGAAGUAUGGCAAGGACAUCCCAGAAGAAGAAAGUGAGAAAAUGUUCUCUCUGAUAGAGAAAAUUGAUACAUUUAAUAAAGAGAUCAUCUCAACAAUAGAAGGGGAGGAACUCGUGGGGCAGUAUGACUCCCGACUGUUUACCAAAGUACGAGCCGAAUUCUGCAAAUGGAGUGCUGUGGUUGAGAAAAAUUUCGAAAAAGGUCAUGAAGCCAUACGUAAAGAAAUAAAGCAAUUUGAAAAUCGGUAUCGUGGCAGAGAGUUGCCAGGGUUUGUGAAUUACAAGACGUUUGAGAUCAUCAUAAAAAAGCAGGUCAUAGUUCUGGAAGAGCCUGCUGUGGACAUGCUGCACACGGUGACAGAUAUAAUCCGGAAUACCUUCACAGAAGUUUCAGGAAAACACUUUAGUGAAUUUUUCAACCUCCACCGAACUGCCAAGUCCAAAAUUGAAGACAUUCGGUUAGAACAAGAAAAUGAAGCUGAGAAAUCCAUCCGACUACAUUUCCAAAUGGAGCAGUUGGUCUACUGCCAGGACCAGGUGUACCGACGUGCUUUGCAGCAGGUCAGAGAGAAGGAGGCAGAAGAAGAAAAGAAAAAACAAUCAAACCAUUAUUACCAAUCUGAGGACUCAGAGCCCUCCACAGCUGAGAUCUUUCAACACCUGAUGGCGUACCACCAGGAGGUCAGCACCCGCAUCUCCAGCCACAUCCCCUUGAUCAUCCAGUUCUUCGUGCUCCGGACAUAUGGGGAGCAGCUCAAGAAGAGCAUGCUGCAGCUGCUGCAGGACAAGGACCAGUACGACUGGCUGCUGAAGGAGCGCACCGACACCAGAGACAAGAGGAAGUUCCUGAAGGAGCGGCUGGAGCGGCUGUCCCGCGCUCGGCAGCGGCUCGCCAAGUUCCCGGGCUGAACCCGCCCCCCGUCCAGCCCCGGGUCUCCAGGGAGCAGACCACCACCGACAGCUCCCCUGACGGCCGCAAGCCCUUAGCUGCCCGCUUCGCAGAUGCUUCAGUGGUCAGCCUGCAGCCGGAGUCUCUGCUGUCUCUCAGUGGAUAAGCACACUGGCUUCAAACAGCAGGUGAUUUCGCUCCAUGCUUCGCGCCCACCCUGCCCCAUCCCUGAACUCUCUCCACCCCUCUGUCAGUAAUCCCCACAUAGCGCUGUAGAAGGGUCAUUCCAAUGACUGUAAUAGCCUUUCACACCCCAUGUGUUCGGAACAUGAGUGCCACAUUUGUGAAUGCACACAGAAACCUAUUUCUUCGAUUUGUAAUACACUUCUUUCUACCAGA